AUUUUAAGUGCCGAGUGUUUUACUAUUUUUACUACACAGCGAUACACACAGAUAGAGAGGUAUUUGUUGUUGUGAGUUGUGUUAGGAACAACAAUAAAAACAAAAACAGUGUUAAAUGCUAGUGAGAUGAUCUUCCAUAAAUAAAAUUUGAAAUAAAUUCGAGAAAAUAAAUUGAAUGAAAAUGCCAAGAAACUGCAGCAGCAGCAAGAAAAGCAGCAACGAUGUUGGAGGGCCGAAACUAGGCUAAAUAUCUUUGCAUACUUUUGGGAAAGUUGUGCGGCACAUACAGACACACAAACACACACACAAGUACAAGCCGGCAGGACCUGCGCCUGCGGUCGCCGACAUUUGAACCUGUUUUCUGACCGUUGAACGCCGACCACCGACCGCCGCGCCGGCCACCUCUUUUCACUUUUGGCAACGCGAACUGCAGCUGCAGCUGCCGCUGAAGAAGAGGAAAAAAGGAUAAAGAAAAAUGUGCACAAAAACGGCAUAAACCUACAAAAACGGGCGAAAGAGUUCAGAGUGGUACGGUUCAACAGCCUCCGGGUGUUCGUGGCAAGCUCAACUGCAAAUUCGGCGGCAGCUUCGUGUAUCUGUGUGUCUGUAUCUGCAGCUGCAGCUCUGCAGCGGCGAAAAUUGUGUCAGCAGCAUCGGCAGCGGAUCCUGCAGCUCGCCAGACUGGCGCCUCCAUCCUUGAUUGCCGGUGCAGCGGCCCAACUGCGCCAGAGUGUUGAACGUGCCAUUGCGAGAAUGCCUUCUCGCGGUCCCACGUCAUAGUCACCAUCAUUAGCACCGGGCGACAGCGGCAACUAGCAACUGGCAACUAGCAACUAGCAACACUCCCAGCAGCAACACCAAUUGCAUCUGCAGCAGCAUCCAGCAAACCAGCAACCAGCAAUUAUCAAACUAGCAACUAGCAGCACAAAUCACAGCCAAAUCGAACGCAACAAAGCUUCCAGAGACAGACCAAGAGGAGAGGGCAGUGUGUCCACCCAAUCACUUCCAGAACAAGGAUAACCAGUAACCACCAGCCAUGCAGUUGCUCCUCAAGUCGAUCUUCACCUGCGCACUACUAGUGAUCUUUGUGUACGCCACCGCCCAGUCGCUGGCCAAAGUCCAGGAGAGCGAGGCGCGGCGGGCGUACCUCAAUGGCACCUCCCCCGCCCUGGGCAGUAGUAAUCUCAGCCAGGAUGGCCACUUCCUCAGCCGGCGACUGAGGCAGGUGGUGCACGGCGAGGAGGGCGAGGAGGGGGCGCCCUCCCAAAUGGAGGACGACCUAAGCCAGCUGAUGAAGAGCAAUGUGGACGCACCGGACAAGGAGGAGCUGCGCAAGUGCAGCGUCGGUCUGGUCCUGCCCGUGUGGACGCCGGAGUACAACAUAUCCAUGGGCGACCGACUCAUCCGCGGCUUUGUCUACUUCGUCCUGCUAAUCUACCUGUUUGUGGGCGUGUCCAUCAUUGCGGACCGCUUCAUGGCCGCCAUCGAGGCCAUCACGUCCAUCGAACGGGCGGUGGUGGUGAAGGGACCCAACAACGUUAAGCAGGUGAUGCACGUGCGCAUCUGGAACGAGACGGUGGCCAAUCUCACGCUGAUGGCCCUCGGAUCGAGUGCCCCCGAGAUCCUGCUCUCGGUGAUCGAGAUAUACGCGAAGGACUUUGAGAGCGGCGAUCUGGGACCGGGCACCAUCGUGGGAUCCGCCGCCUACAACCUCUUCAUGAUCAUCGCCGUGUGCAUGAUCUGGAUACCGGCGGGCGAGGUGCGCCGGAUCCGGCACCUGCGCGUCUUCUUCGUGACCGCCCUCUUCUCGAUCUUCGCCUACGUGUGGCUGUGGCUCAUCCUGUCCGUGUUCACGCCAGGCGUGAUCCAGGUAUGGGAGGCGAUCGUGACUCUGCUCUUCUUCCCGCUGACCGUGCUGUGGGCAUACAUCGCCGAGCGGCGGAUGCUGGUCUACAAGUACAUGGACAAGAACUACCGGGUGAACAAGCGCGGCACCGUGGUGGCCGGCGAGCACGACCAGGUGGAAAUGGAUGCGGAGAAGGGCCCCAAACACCCGAUGGUCACAUCUGCGCGCGGCAACGACGCCGAGGCCUUCGACGAGGCCCGUCGCGAGUACAUCACUGUGCUGACGGAGCUGCGCCAGAAGUACCCCGACGCCGAUCUCGAGCAGCUGGAGAUGAUGGCCCAGGAGCAGGUGCUGGCGCGGAGCAGCAAGUCGCGCGCCUUCUACCGCAUCCAGGCCACUCGCAAGAUGGUCGGCAGCGGCAACCUGAUGCGCAAGAUCCAGGAACGUGCCCACAGCGAUCUCACCGAGGUGAAGGCCCAGCUGCACGCCGGCGACGAUGAGGAGACGGACGAUCCCAUCCGGAUGUACUUCGAGCCGGGCCACUACACCGUCAUGGAGAACUGCGGCGAGUUCGAGGUGCGGGUGGUGCGGCGCGGCGACAUCUCCACGUACGCGAGCGUCGAGUACGAGACGCAGGAUGGGACCGCCUCCGCCGGAACCGAUUUCGUGGGCCGCAAGGGCCUGCUCAGCUUCCCGCCGGGCGUCGACGAGCAGCGCUUCCGCAUCGAGGUGAUCGACGACGACGUCUUCGAGGAGGACGAGUGCUUCUACAUCCGACUCUUCAAUCCUUCGGAGGGCGUCAAGCUGGCCGUGCCGAUGAUAGCCACCGUCAUGAUCCUGGACGACGACCACGCGGGCAUCUUUGCCUUCACGGACUCGGUCUUCGAGAUCACCGAGUCCGUUGGCAAAUUUGAGCUGAAGGUAAUGCGCUACUCCGGCGCCCGCGGCACCGUUAUCGUGCCCUACUGGACGGAGAACGAGACGGCCAAGGACUCCAAGGACUACGAGGAGACACGCGGCGAACUCAUCUUCGAAAACAAUGAAUCUGAGAAAUUCAUCGAUCUGUAUAUCCUGGAGGAGAGCAGCUAUGAGAAGGACGUCAGCUUCAAGGUGCACAUCGGAGAACCUCGUUUGGCGCCAGAUGACACUAAUAAGGAAUCAUUUUUCAAUCGAUUUUUUGAAAAACACGAACACUCCGGAGAUCCCACUCACGAUGAAAUGGCAGCCAAAAUCAAGGAGGUCGAAAAAAAGGCAGUUCAGGACCUGACCGAACUGGAUCGCAUCCUGCUGCUGAGCAAGCCAAGAAAUGGAGAGCUGACCACCGCGAUCGUGCGCAUCCGCGAGAGCCAGGAAUUCAAGGCUACAGUGGACAAACUGGUGGCCAAAGCGAACGUUUCUGCCGUCCUUGGCACUUCGUCCUGGAAGGAACAGUUUAAAGAUGCCCUCACCGUUAUCCCAGCCGAGGAAAGUGAGUUCGAUAACGACGAUGAUGCGGAGGAGGAGGUGCCCAGCUGCUUCAGCUAUGUGAGCCACUUCGUCUGCCUCUUCUGGAAGGUUCUCUUUGCAUUUGUGCCGCCCACAGACAUUUGCGGCGGCUAUGUGACCUUUGUGGUAUCCAUAUUCGUGAUUGGCGUCAUCACGGCCAUCAUCGGAGAUGCCGCCUCCUAUUUCGGCUGCGCCCUCAACAUCAAGGACUCGGUAACGGCCAUUCUUUUUGUCGCCCUGGGCACCAGCAUACCAGACACUUUCGCCAGCAUGAUUGCGGCCAAGCACGACGAGGGCGCCGAUAAUUGUAUCGGCAAUGUCACGGGCAGCAAUGCGGUCAACGUGUUUCUGGGAAUCGGCCUGGCCUGGACCAUUGCCGCCGUCUACCACAGCUCCCAUGGCAAUGCCUUCUUCGUGGAGCCGGGAACGAUUGGAUUUGCCGUGGCACUCUUCUGCGGUGAGGCCCUGAUUGCCAUCUUCAUCAUUAUGUUCCGGCGCUGGCACAAGGGCAUUGGCGCCGAACUGGGCGGCCCGAAGGUCUCCAAAUAUAUCAGCGCAGCGAUUUUGGUUUUCCUCUGGGUCUUCUAUGUGGUUAUCUGCAUUCUGGAGGCCUACGACGUCAUCGUGGUCUAAGGUGCCAGCAACUGCAUCAUUGAUUUGACUUUGCCGUUGGCUUUGUUAUUCGCAUUGGCGUUGGAUUUUUGGCAGAGUCCGUAAAGUUAGACGAGAAUACGGAGGACAGAAGACAGAAGAGCUAACCGAUAUUAUGAAGCUGUCGAAAGAUGCUGUAGAUGCAGUUUUUAUAUGUAAACUUAUGAAAUUUAUUUAUAUAUAUGAAAUGUGCUCUGCGCUAUAUAUAAAUAUUUCUUGUGUAAAAUUUAUGUUAAUACUAAAAGUAAAAUUUUAAUGUUUAACUAGGUUUAAGUGAGGCUUAUAUACAAAAACCAUUUUUACUAUUAUUGUCUCUAUUCAUAUAUAAAUUGUAAAUACAGAAAGGCUGCCACGGCUCAGCAAUCUUGUAACUGUAACGAGAUCAUUUAUUGUUACGCCAUAUAUACUUAAUUUACCUUCUAAAAUACGAUUAUAUUUAUUAUAUCAUUCUGUGUACAACUUAA